UCAGCGGCGUGCGCGGCUCUCUCACUGUUGCAGCCGUGGGUGCGCCCUGGGCGGUGAGUGGUCUCCGAGGAGAGGGAGUCUCGCACAGUGAAUCCCAGAGCAUGUGGGGCCAGCAAAAUGGAAAGGGAAGGUGGGAAGCCCGCGGCUGUUGUCGCGGUUGUGACGGAGCCUCGGUUUGCCCAGCGAUACAGGGAAUAUCUCGAGAAGGAGAAACUCCUGAAUAGACAGCACCGUGUGAAAACGAUGCCGGAUGGCACCGUGGCGCUACCCGUGCUGGGAGAGGCCCUCCCCGAGCAGCACCUGCAGGAGCUGAGGAAUCGUGUGGCUCCCGGCAGCACCUGUACGCUCGCGCAGCUCCUGGAUCCUGUUCCUUCAAAGAAGGCGCAGAGUUGUUCGCCUGCCCAAAGGCUGUGUCUUCAGGUGAGUCGCUGGGUAGAGAGCCAGGGAGUGACAUGGUCAGCUGCGUUGGAGGCUGAUUUGCCCCGAUCUUGGCAACGCCACGGUAACCUCUUGUUGCUGAGUGAGGACUGUUUCAAAGCCGAGCAGUGGAAAACUCUGGAACCAGAACUCUGGCAGACUGUUGCCUCCGCACUGGGAGUCCAGCGUUUGGCCAAACGCGGGCGGGUAUCACCGGAUGGCACUCGAACUCCAGCCGUGACUCUGCUGCUGGGUGACGAUGGCUGGGUGGAGCACGUGGAUAACGGGAUCCGAUAUAACUUUGACAUAACCCAGUGUAUGUUCUCUUUCGGAAACAUCACUGAGAAACUUCGAGUGGCAUCGUUGCCCUGCGUUGGACAAGUGCUGGUGGAUCUCUAUGCAGGAAUUGGUUAUUUUACAUUGCCCUUUCUAGUUCAUGCUUCUGCUGCCUUCGUGCACGCCUGUGAGUGGAACCCUCAUGCUGUAGUUGCUCUGAGAAAGAACCUUGAGCUCAAUGGAGUCCUAGAUCGGUGCCAAAUCCACUUUGGGGAUAACAGAAAACUGAAGCUCUCAAACAUUGCGGACAGGGUGAACCUGGGGCUGAUUCCCAGCUCCGAAGAAGGCUGGCCCAUUGCUUGCCAAGUGCUACGAAAGGAUGCUGGGGGCAUUUUGCAUAUCCAUCAAAAUGUGGAAUCUUCCCCAGGGAAGAAUCUCCAGCCUCCUGGAAGUAGUGAAAUGGAGGAGGAGCAUUGGCCUUAUCCUCAGCAAAUUAUCACCAACCAUAGGGGAAAUGGAGCUACCAGGGAUUCUAGGAGAAAAGGGCUGUCAGUAGCCACCAAGCCAGAGUGGCACCGGUGGGCGGAAUCUGCAGAAACUCGCAUUGCCGCUCUUCUUCAGCAGGUGCAUGGGAAAGCAUGGAAGACACAAAUCUUGCACAUCCAGCCAGUGAAAUCUUAUGCUCCCCACGUGGAUCACAUAGUCCUGGAUCUGGAAUGCCGCCCCUGUCCUCUGGUUGGCUAGAGAAGGUGGGUCCUGAGACAUGAGGAUCUGUGUGGGAGUGACCUGGAAUGCAUCAGCUCUGAAGUUGUGGCCCUGAAAGCAGGCUCUAGAUCAGGGGUGUCCAAACUUUUUUCAACGUUUUUUACCAAGGGCCAUAUGCGGGAAAAUACACAAACAGCCGGGCCACUCACUUGAGGUGAAGUACGUAUUGCCUCCCCUGGUUUAUUUAAGUAAACUAAAUAUAUUUUUGGAAUUUGCUGUGGGCCAAUUAACAAUGGCUCAUGGGCCGCAGUUGGCCCGCGGGCCGCAGUUUGGACACCUCUGCCCUAGAUCAAUCCAAAUCAUUUCAUUUGUCUUCCACUGAUCACCCUGACAAUGAACGACAGGGAGAAGCAGUAUGGCUCACUGAAAUGAGACCCACCUAUGCAAGCAGGAAUUCCAAAUUCUGUCUUCAGUUCUGUCUGACCUUGGGUACAUGGUUUCAAUAUUCUUUUGGCCUUGGAUUUCCUUAUUUGCAAAAUGAGGGUUUUUUGAACUGUCUCACAUGGCUAUUAUCUAAUAAGCAGUUGUACACAGGAUAUUGGUUUAGAGUGAAAGGCAGUGCUGUUUCCAAAAUCACUCUGGCUCCAAUAUGGAAAAUCGACUGGAGGGGUCCAGGAUGGAAGCAGACCGGUGAGGAAGUUUCUGUGGUUGUCCAGGCAUGAGGUGAUGGUGGCUUGCUAGGGUGGUGGCAGUGGGAGGUGGAUGGAUUUGAGAAAUAAAAUUGAUGGAACUAAGCAAUGGAGUCCAA